GUUUACCUCCUGAGACUCUACAUCCUCAAAAAGGGACAUUAAGUUUUAGGUUUGUGGAAGCUGCUUCAUUCUGCUUCAUUUAAAGUUGUCGUCUUGUUACUAGUUGGUCAUUUCUGCAGCCAAUCACGGAACAAAAAAUAAGAAGCUAUAGCUUCACUUGUCAGCAUAGAGGGAUGUUUCCUUCUCUUCCACUCAGUCCAUCACACAGAAAAGUCCACUUGUUGUACGCUAGGCUAAAAGAGGAAGUAAAACUGAUAUCACUUCCUUUCUUGUUCUCGUGUAUAAAGGGAUCAUCGCUCUGCUUGGUCAGAGUUUUCAAACGUUCUGAUGCCGAUCACUGACUUUUUUCUGUUCAGAGCAAGUGUUUCAUUUUGAUGUUAGUAGAUAAAGUUUGAAAGCUGCUGAGUGACUCAACAGAGUCUGAACAGAGAGGAGACAUGGAAGCUGUGGUUGGACUGUUGCUGAUGAUACUUGGAGUCUGUCACGGUGGAGGAACUUACUGUGAUGGCAGACAGAGUGGAGCUCAGUGUUAUGGAGCUUUGGGAGGAACUGUGGUCAUCAGACUGAUGGACAACGCCUUAGAAACAUAUAGAUGUGAUGUGAUAAAGGGAUCAUCAGUAAUAUUUACAUGGAGAAACAAAACUAUUGUAACUAAUGUGAUAAAAGACAGAUCUGUCUUUAAUCCCAGUGAUGGAACAUUUAGGAUCAAUGACCUGAGCAGGAAUGACAGUGGUCAAUAUAAUCUGACAAUCCAUGACUCAAAUGGAUCAAAAUUGUCAGAACAGAUUCUACAGUUGUUUGUUGAAGCAGAUAAUUUGCCACUAAUAGCUGGUGUAUCCUCAGCCCUGGUCAUUGUUUUGGUUGUGGGCUUAUCAGUCAUCUGGACUUUGAAGAAAAAGCAAAGAAACAACAAACCUAAAGAGGAAAGAAAUGACCAGGAAUUAACCUACGCUGAUGUCAGUAUCGUGCAGCAGCAGAGGAAGCAGGCUGAGCAAAGGCCGAAUCCGGAGGUGGAGUACGAUCAAGUCAAGUUUUCGGCACGACCCCAGCAGACUGAAACAUAAAAUGAAGGGAGGAAGCCCUUCAGUUUCUCCUUUUCUGUUUCAUGACUCAACCGUGCCAGCCGAUUUCACAGAUAACAACUGAACACUUCUUAACAAGUGAGCACUCAUCUGUUUCUGUCCCUUUCUCCGUCUCCGGCCUGAGCCACAAAAGGCCUACCUGCACCCCAAACCUCCACCCUAUCUGACCCCCUGUCUGCACUGAGGAUCUGUGAACAGGCGUCAGUUCUUGUGUGUCGCUGUCCUGCCUGAAAGUCUGUGUCGUCUCAAACACCCCACCAUCAUUUUGCUCCCCAGUAAGUCACAGGAGUUAAUGACUACAGACCUGGUGCCCUGACGUCUGUGGUCAUGAAAUCCUUGGAGCGACUGGUUUUGGCGACUUGGUGUCACUGCUAGACCCCCUGCAGUUUGCCUAUAGGACAAGAGUGGGAAGCAUCACAUCCAUCAUCUAGACUCUCAGCACUGAGAAUUUAAAUAGAUCCUCAGACAGGAACAGAGAAAACGAAAGCACGUCUGGUUUAGACCUCUGUGUAACACCACACAGCAUUUCUCCAGAAGAACUGAAAAAGUCCUGUUAGGUAAUUCAUCUAUUUU